AUGGCUCCGCACAAUGUUCGAUGGGGCAUCAUGGCCACGGGCGGAAUCGCCAAUACCUUUGUGAAAGACCUCUUGAAGGACCCCAACGUCCGCGGCGCCUCCGAUGUUUCGCACACCGUGGUCGCCGUGGCAUCCUCCUCCUCUCAGUCUCGCGCCGAGCAGUUCAUCUCUGAUCUGGGCAUCCCGGCUCCCUGUGCGGCCUAUGGAUCCUACGAGGAACUCGUAGCCGACAGCAACGUGGACGUGGUCUACGUCGCAACGCCGCAUUCCCACCAUUUCCAGAACGUCAUGCAGGUGUUGGAGGCCGGCAAGCAUGUUUUGUGCGAGAAGGCCUUUACCGUCAACGCGGCCCAGGCCAAGAUCCUGUGCGAGACGGCCCAGAAGAAGAAGCUGUUCCUGAUGGAGGCCGUCUGGACUCGGUACUUCCCGCUGAGCAUCCAGGUGCGCGAGUUGAUCCAGAAGGGCGCCAUUGGAGAGGUGCUGCGUGUCAUUGCCGAUAAUAGCUUCGGUGACGAUGUCGAGGAGAAGUGGGGGACGAAGCAUCGUAUGGUCAACAAGGACCUGGCCGGAGGAUGUUUGCUGGACCUGGGCAUCUACUCCUUGACCUGGGUCUUCCAAACGCUCUACCACACCCUUCCUCGUGACCAGCGGAAACCCCCGUCUGCUAUCUCAGCACACAUGACCCCAUACCACCUCACCGGGGCCGACGAAGCCACCACCAUGCUCCUCAGCUUCCCGACCACCACGCCGUCCAACCUUCCGCACCCAGGCCAAUCGCAGGCCGUGGCCAUGACGCACCUCCGACUCUCCACCGACCCCGACGAGCAGAACUCCGCCCGUCCCGCCAUCCGCAUCCAGGGAACCAAGGGCGAGAUCCAGGUCGACGGACCUGCGUUCCGGCCCACGCGGUACCGUCUCAUCCCCAAGAAGGGUGAAGGCGAGAUCCAGGAGGUCGAGUUCCCGUUCCCCGGGGAUGGCCAUGGCAUGUUCUGGGAAGCCGACGAGGUGGCGCGGUGUCUGCGGGAUGGUAAGCUGGAGAGUGAGACUCUGCCCUUGGAGGAAAGCAUUGUCAUUAUGGAAGUCAUGGAUGAGAUCCGACGCCAGGGUGGAUUGGUUUAUCCGGAAAAGAUCGAGUCUACGGUCUACCCUACGCAGUUGUAG